CCCCACACGUGUUUUAAGAGACCAAGCCAGGGUCUUCCUGGCCUUCAGGAAGCAGAGUGGUCUGGGGAAAUGUGUUCCUUGGUAGUUCUUCCAAGCCAUGGCCCUUCCCGGCACAUUGCUCCUUUGGUGGUGUUGCUUUGCCUGGCUGUGUUCUAUUAGCUACGGUUCUCAGGGUUCUCAGGGGGAAGCUGAGAUCACAGGCAGUGUUGAGUUGGAACCUGAGGCUGAGCCUUGGUCCUUGCUUCAGCCUUUCGAUAGCAGAGACCCCUCUGGCCUCCUUCCCCCUCUCUUCAAGGUUCUGUCUGACGAGCGAGAUGGGCCACCGAGGCUGCAGCCAGACUCGAGAGCUCUGCGCUACAUGAAGAGGCUCUAUAAGGCAUAUGCUACCAAGGAGGGGAUCCCUAAAUCCACCAGAAGUCACCUCUACAACACUGUUCGGCUCUUCACGCCCGGUGCCCAGCACAAGCAAACGCCUGAGAACCAGGUGACAGGCAUCCUGUCUGUGGAGCUGCUGUUUCACCUGGACAGUGUCACCGCGCCCGAGCACUUACUCAAGUCGGUCUUGCGGUACACUUUCAACGACUGGGCCUCUCUGCCGGCCGCCGCUCACUGCACGGGCAGCCUGGAGGUCGGAGAAGCGGGGUCUUCCGGCAAGACGACCACCGGGGCCCCGGACGCCUUUCCCUUCAGUUCGCGGUUUGAAUUUAGAAAGAAGCGCCAAUGGAUCGAGAUGGAUGUCACUCCGCUCCUGCAGCCUCUAGUGGCCUCCAACAAGCGAAACAUCCGCAUGUCUGUCACCGUUGUGUGUGAGGAAGGCCGGCCGCGGAGGCCUCGGGCUGGGCCGUUCAACACGUCUCCUCUGGUCCCCCCGUCGCUGCUGCUGUUCCUGAAUGACACGAGCGCUCAGGCUUAUCACAGGUGCGUUUCUCUCCACUCUCAGAGCAGCCCUGCACAGAGGCCUGAGCGGGAGAGAGGCCUGGCUGCGUGCCCCAUGGGGACAGAGGCUGCUGAGUGUGGCCCCACUGCCCACCCCCAUCCCCGACACCGCCGAGGGCAGGGAACUGUCGGGUCAAAAGUGCAGGGGCCCCUGGUUCCAGCUUCCCUCAAUUUGAGCGAAUACUUCAAACAGUUUCUCUUUCCCCAAAACGAGUGUGAGCUCCAUGACUUCCGACUGAGCUUCAGUCAGCUCAAGUGGGACAACUGGAUUGUGGCCCCGCACCGAUACAACCCCCGGUUCUGUAAGGGGGAAUGUCCCCGGGCCGUGGGGCACCGCUAUGGCUCCCCGGUGCACACCAUGGUGCAGAACGUCAUCCACGAGAAGCUGGACUCCUCGGUGCCCAGGCCGGCGUGUGUGCCUGCCAACUACAGCCCCUUGAGCGUGCUGACCAUUGAGCCCGACGGCUCAAUCGCGUAUAAAGAAUACGAAGACAUGAUAGCCACAAAGUGCACCUGUCGCUAACACGCGCUGCCCCCAAGUGAAGCCGCUCUGAGCUGAGCAAAGGUGGGGUGCCUAUCUGGCCUCACACAAGGACCCUUGGAGCGUCUUAUCUGCGGGGCAUACA